AUGGAACAUUUCUGGGCUCGAUUAAACGAUUUACCUGAUGAGAUAAUUAUGAUUAUUUUGAAAAAAUUAUACAAUGUCGAAGUGCUCUACUAUUUCAUAGGUGUUAAUAAACGACUCAAUACAAUUGCACAUGAUUCAAUUUUUUCAAGUUGUUUGAACUUAUAUCAAUAUUUUUCGGAUGAUGAUUACAUCUGUCCAUUACCAGAUCCAAUGCUUAAUCGAUUUUGUUCACAAAUUUUACCUGAAAUUCAUCAUAAAAUCCAAUGGCUUAAUCUUGAAUCAUCGUCUAUGAAACGUAUUCUUUCUGCUACAAAUUAUCCAAAUUUAUAUGGACUUGGUCUAUAUGAUAUUAAUGUAGAAGUAGCUCCAUCGCUCUUUACUGACGAAAGUUUUUUCAAUCCUCUCUUCAAAAAUCAAAUCUUAUCGCUUGUUAUUGAUAUUGUGGAAAAUAACGAACAAAGUUUAUCAGAAUAUAUGAAUAUAUUUAUAUUUACACAAAUCUUUACUAUGUUCCCCAAUUUAAAAUAUCUAAAUUUUGGUCCAUCUUCAAUUUUCUAUCACCGAUUAUCAUUUGGUAUUUCACCUCCAACUAUUAUCUCUUCAACUCUCUUAGAAUUACAUGUCCGUUUGGAUGAUUUUAUUGAUUGUCUUUAUUUACUUGAUGGACGUUUCAAUCAACUUCAUUCAUUUCAUGUUCAUAUUCAUUUCAUUUUCACUGUAGAUACAACAAUCAAUAAUAAGGAAAAAUUAUCUAGUUUAAAAUGUUUUUCUCUUCAGAGUGAUAGAGAUAUAUAUGGUUAUAAAACAUUAAUUCUACCACUUCUAUAUCGAAUGAUCAAUUUAGAAAAACUUGAUUUACAUCUUAUGAUCCAAUGUAAUGAAGAAUUUGUUGAUAGUAAUGAUUUGAAGAAAAAUAUUAUCAAUCGAAUACCAGGAUUAAAAAAUUUUGUAUUUAACAUACGUUCAAUGAGAUAUCUUUGUGAUGAAAUUCGUUUACCAUUAAAUGAAGAUAUUCAACACACAUUCAAUAGUUUUCAAAAUAAUCAAAUUAUUUCUUAUGUUAAUUAUUUUCCUGAGGCAGGACACAGUGAAUAUCACAUUUAUUCAUGUCCAUAUAAAUUAAAAUUUUAUAGAAAUAUUACAAAUAAUUUUCCAGGUGGAUUAUUUAAAUAUGUUACUGAAGUGUUACUAUUUGAUGAACAACCUUUUGAACAUGAAUUCUUUCUUCAAAUUGCUCACUCAUUUCCAUUUAUGAAAGAAUUAACUGUAAUUAAUCAAAAACCACAAAACAAAAAACAAUAUGAAAAUUUCAAAAAUUACGAUCAAACUUUAUCAAUUAUCAAAUAUCCUCAUCUUAUUCUACUUAAUCUAACUCGUGUUCAUGAUGAUUAUAUUGAACAAUUUCUGUUUGAUACGAAAAUGUGUUUGUCGAAUAAUGUUUAUCUUAUUAUUGAUUAUCAAUCACUGGCAAGAGUGACACACAAUUUUCAAAGAAAUAUAACACGAAUCAAUUGUGCAAAGUUACGUUAUUUACGUCUACAUGGUGAAUGUACGAUUCUUAAACAUGUAAAAGACUAUUUUCCUUACACAGAGAUAUGCUAA